CUGUAUAAUAUUGUGAGAUGUAGUUAACCUGAAUUCUAAGAGUCACAGCUAAGCCGUGGUAGCAGUUGUGCAGAUCACAGUCCAGACAAGAUGGAUCCCAGUCUGGGCUCUGUUGUGAGCCCCACUGUGACCAAGGACCCCCCACACUGCGGCGCAGUUAUCCAAUCAGCAGUCACUCCUGUCCUGGGUAGGGGGUGGGGAGGUCAGAGGUAGGAGGAAACUGGAGUGCCUGGAGGAAGAACAUCUGAAUAUGGAGAACAUGCAGACUUCACACGGACUCCACACCUCAGGCUGGAAUCAACCCCGGUCCGCUUUGGAACUGGGUUUGGUCCUGAAGUGAAACCCUCCAGCUCUCCGGUGCUUCUCAGUGAGAGCGCACAGCGUGUUAAAAAGCCAGCAAGAGUCCCGUCUAGUUAAAAGGUGGCAGUCAACCUUCAUCCCUGCAGUUCCCCCUGGGGUAACUAGAGCGAGAUGAGCAGGAUGUUCCUGCAGGAACAGUGAAACAGCACCACUGACAAGAUCGGCCUCUUCUGCAUUUCGGCGUUUAAGACUGGCUUGCAGAGGAAAUGAAGAAGCCGUAUUUGGUGUUUAAGGCGGCAGAGGCGAUAAGGAUGGGGCAGGAUUUCCUCAGAUAAGGGCUCGGGGACAACGACGCAGAGACGACAUUUGGAAACAAGCGGGUGAGAGCGACUUCCCCCUCCACACCCAGCCGAGGCAGUGCAGACUGGGGCUCGUCCCGCAGCGCCAGCUCCUCCGAGACGCCGACUGGCCAUUCCGAGCUCAUCCCAGCUCCCAGCAGGAUGACUUGUGCACUCCUCCUGCCACUGCUGCUCCUCCUCCUCCCACUCUGUUGCCAGACGCAGACCCAUGGUUGCCACAGCGACAAGGAUGCUGACCACAAGCCACGAAUCAGCUGCACAGGCAUGGGGCUCACCGCUGUGCCGCAGAACCUGGACCUCCAGACGCAGGUCCUGGUGCUGACCAGGAACGAGUUCAAGAUCCUCUCCUGGGCAGCCUACACUGCCUUCCCUGCCCUUCACGAGCUGGACCUGUCCGAGAACAAGAUCGAGAGCCUGAAGUUGGGGAAGAAGGGCUUGGGAGAUGGGCUGGGCCCGGCCGGCGUGGUGCUGCCUGCGCUGAAAAAGCUGCGUCUUAACAAUAACCGGAUUGCCUCCCUGCCGCCCGAUGCCUUCCAGCCCGUGCCCAGCAUCAUGGAGAUCUACCUGCAGAGCAAUCUGAUCUCCCAGCUGAGCCCCACGCUCUUCGCCAAGCUCCCCGACCUGGAGGUGGUGGAGCUGUCCAACAACAAGAUCCAGUCCCUCCCGGCCGAUUUGAUGGCCCAGAUGACCACCAUGAAGCUGAAGACCUUCGCCGUGCAGGGGAACCUGAUCACAAGGCUGCCAGACAAGUUUUUCGCCAACGCCAACGGCGGAGGAGAGAUCCCGUACGUCUUCCUGUCCCAUAACCCCUGGAUCUGCGGCUGCCAGGUGUUGUAUCUGCAAUGGUGGCUGGAUGACCAGAGCCACAAUGUCUACCUGAGGAAAAGCCAAAACGACAUCGAGAACUUGCCAGACAGUGUGGUGUGCGACUCUCCUUCCCAGUAUUCUCAAAGUUCCAUCAUCGAUUUGAACAAAGACCAGAUUUGCCCACAGGGAACGGAAACAGUAACCACAACGUCCGAAAUUAUCACCUACCCAUUCACAACUUCCAAAAUGUGGGGUUACCUCACGACAUUAACCGACAGAGUACCCUUUACCACAGAGGGCCCGACUCUCAAGCCGAGCAGCGUUUCACCGAACCCAGCAACAGAACGCCGCCUGGCCACACUUCUCCCCACCACGACCGAGUUUCUCUCCCGUUCAACUACGCUCGCGCAGACGGAGGUGAUAACCACCUCUGCGCCCAGGGUGCACUGGACGUCUCUCAGCACGACGGAGCGGGAAACCAUCAUCACAACCGCACAAACGACCACCAGCUCUCCUGCUUCGUCUGCCGCUCCAACAAAGCUCCCGACGCUCUUCAGGGUCGGGACAGACCCGGGGACAGAUGGCACAUCCGCAGGAGGGACGUGGAAAUCCCUGGUCACUCGGCCGGACACCACGAGUAGCAUUCCCAUGAUGAGCCGCUCCGUGGGGGGCUGGGAGAGGGCUAGCAGGGACAGGGCGGUCUGGGAUGGUCAGAAGGAGAGUGCAGUCCGCUUCUUCUGCUUCUGGUUCUUCGUGCUGAACCUUGUCCUCUGCAUCCUCUUCCUGCUGCUCUGUUGCGCCCUCCUGUGGCUGAUCUGCAGCUACAUCCGAGUGCACCGGCGCUACUGGAAACUGGGCUGGAGAUCUGACAGCCUACAGCUUGUCCGCUACAGCCUGCUGCCAAGAGACGGACAGGGAGGGAGGGUGGUGGGGGCGGACGAAGCAGGGGAGGAGGAGGAGGAGGGUAGGAGACAGGGGGGUCCUGGGAGCAUCCGUCCGGAGCGCUUGGCGCUCCUGGGGACAGGGGCAGCGACAGGAGCAGUGGUGUCUGGCUCACAGCCAGGAGAGGCUGCCGUGUUCCGCUCAGUGCUGUUCGUCUUGACAGGCGGUCAAGGAGAGGCGGAGCGAGGAAGAAGGGAGCUAGGGAAGGGGAUCGGAGAGAGGGAGGCACCGCAGGGCGCGUACUUGAUACAUUUCGGCAUCGACCGGAGAGCGGAGGAGAAGGGAGCGAGGGAGCGGGAGAGGCAAAGAAGGAGGAGCAUUGGAUUGGCGGGAGAGGAGAUAGUGGGAGCGCACGCCGCCGAUCCCCAGCAGAGAGGAGGAGAGGGGGAGUGCGUGAUCCGGGGCGAGAGCUGGGACGUGUCAAGAGGCAGGCAGUGGCAGGGGUGGGAGGAGAGGAGGGGGGUGAGGAUACAUGUGACCUGGAGUGGAGGAGGCCGGAGGGAGAGGUCAGGGAGAGGAGGAGGGGGGGAACUGGAGCAGGAGGCAGGAAGGAGGGAAGCCGGAGAAGAGGAGAGCGAGGAAGGGAUCAGGCCAGGGAGAGGAGGCAGAGAGCGGAGGGCGGAAGCACUCUGGCAGGGAGACAGAGAGGCAAGGCCCUGGGUUUGGGAAGGUGGGUGGGACCCACGAUGGAGGCAGGGAGAGGAGACCUGGCACACGGAGGGAGUGGCCGUGAAGAUAAAGAGACUGAAGAAAGAGAGAGGAGCACAGGGGAGGGACGUACCAGGCGAAGAGGAAGAGAGGGGACAGGAGAGGAUGUGGGACAGUCCGGGAGAAGAGGGCAGGCAGCCGGUGAAGUACAGCCUGUUCCUGAGAGAGGGGGCGGAGGAGGGGCCACUGCUGGUGUUGACGAAGAAGAGGGGAUGGGGGAAGGACAGGCAGCAGGAGGGGAGAACAGGAGGAGAUCAGGAGGAGGGGAGUGAGCGAGAGAGAGCGAGAGAGAGGGAGGACCAGAGGGUCAGCUGGGAGGUGGCCAAGAAGGAGGAGGAGGAAGAGCAGGAGAGGUGGGUAGUGGUACCUAUUGCCUCAGAAACGGGAGGUGAGGAAUCAGAUAACAAUAUGGCAACUGCAUCCAGCGCAGGUGUCUCAGUGACCCUUGAUCUGGAUGUGUAGGAAACCCAUUGAGUUAGUCCUGCAGGGUUUGCAGGUCCUGAGAAAUCAAGUUUCAGACCUGUGCAUAAAGACUUGAUUAAACCAAUUUAACAUUCUUGCUCAAGUUCAGUGCUUUAGAUAAUAUCAGCAGAGGUACCCCACCCAAGCAGUGAUAGAACCCAACCUUGAUGAAAUCAGGCUACAGGGUGGUAACAGUGGUAGAUGAUACCAGGAUUAAAUUAUUUUAAGCAGUUUAUUUUAAACAUAUUGCAUAUCGUAAGAUCAGCAUGAGCUAUUGGUAUUUUCUGCUUAAUCUGUACUUAUUCACAUGCCUUGUUUCUCAAUAUAAUUAAAUAACAGAUGUGCAUUUCUGGCUCAGCAAGAGGUCAUGCUUUGCAUUGACUCAUACACUUCUGUCU